UAACCAACAUGAAUGUAUUGUACACGUAUAUCGUUGAUAAACCAGGUAAUCAUGAUGUCUUGUUAAACGGAUAUGCGGAGGCAAURAUUAGUUUGUGUGGAGCUGUGGGUGCCUAUCUAAUUGGAAAACUUCAAAUAGAUUGGAUUUAUUAUGGCGAUGCUGUUACAGCGAUUUGUUCUUCAUUUAUGGGCAUUCUUAUGAUGUCAUGUUAUUAUCACGAUCAUUUGUUUUUGAUAUAUUUAUCAUACAUUUUAUAUGGAAUAGUUAGUCAAAUGGCAUUUGUUUCAAAUUUCUCUGAAAUUGCGAAACGACUGAAGAAUCAUUGUUAUUCUCUCGUUUAUGGAUUUAAUUUAUUUGGGUCUCUAUUAAUAUCCACCUUCAUGACAAUAUUUUUCGUCCAAAUAAAUUUUUUGGAUAUUACUAUUCCUGGACGGUUUUUAUUCAUUGGUGGCUUAGAUGUCUCUAUUGGAGUAGGAUUCUUAUUUUUAUCAUGCCUCAAAAUGAUCAAGCCUCGAUGAUAAACUACACUAUUUGUCUUUGCUAUAAUCUGAAACAUUUUGUUUAAUAAUAUUG